AUGCCCAAUGUAGCAGGAAACCCACUCCCCAAUCACACAGACCAAGGAGUGAACGGGAUAAGAGAAAGCAAAAACAAGAAGAUUAAGUGUGAGGUUGCGAAAGUCAGGACUCCGUUGAGACAAGUGUGGAGGGAGAUGGUCAUGAGAGGUUUGAUCGCGUUGGAUUUGGGAAGAGAAUCCAAAAAAGAGAGGAACUACUGUGAGUUCCACAAUGAGGUGGGGCAUGAAAUCCAAGAGUGUGUGGAAUUUAGAGCCCUAGUGCAGAACAUGAUGAACAAUAAGGAAAUGGAAUUCUAUGAAGAGACUAAAAACCCCGUAGAGGGAGACAUAUGUCCGUCGGAGGGAGAGUCGACAAGACCUGCAGUCUUCCCUUACAAAGAUAGCAAAAGGGUCCCAUGGAAUUAUGAUUGUAAUGUGACAAUUCCGGGGAAGGAAAGCCUGGUCGACACUUUAAAAGAGGACCAAGAUAGGGGAUCCUAUACACGUAGCGGGAGACGUUACGAUAUAGCGAUUAACGAAGAAGAGGCUAAGGAGUUUUUAAAAUUCCUAAAGCAUAGUGAAUACAGCGUGGUGGAACAGCUACAUAAACAACCAGCUCGUAUCUCAGUGCUGGCCUUACUUCUAAGCUCGGAAGUUCAUCGCAGCGCGCUAAUGAAGGUCUUGAAUGAAACGUAUGUUGCCAAUGAUAUCUCCGGUAACAAACUGGACCGAUUGGUUAGUAACAUAAGUGCCGAAAACUAUAUCUUCUUCAAUGAUGAUGAGAUACCACCCGGUGGCAUGGGGUCGACUAAAGCAUUGCACAUUACCACGCGCUGUAAAGGGUAUACGCUGCCAGGCGUACUGAUUGACAACGGAUCGGCUUUGAACAUCCUGCCAUUGACCACACUAAAUAGAUUACCUGUAGACAGCUUUCACAUGAAGGAGUGCCAGAACAUAGUGAAGGCAUUUGACGGCACGGAGAGAAAGGUGAUAGGCAGAAUCGAAGUACCUCUUCAGAUUGGGCCAAUCAUAUAUGAGGUGGAUUUCCUAGUAAUGGAUAUCAAGCCCUCAUAUAAUUGCUUAAUGGGGAGGCCCUGGAUACAUUCAGCUGGGGCAGUGCCUUCUUCGUUGCAUCAAAAGUUGAAGCUGGUAUCAGAGGAGAGGUUGAUAAUGAUCAAUGCUGAAGAGGAUAUCAUUGCAACUGUGAGCAAUAAUGCGCCCUAUUUGGAGACAGAUGACGAAACAAUCGAAUGUUCAUUUCGAUCUUUAGAAUUUGUUAAUGUAACCUUCAUCACGGAGGGAAGCAAAAUUCUGGUGCCAAAAUUGUCCAAAACCACGAGGAUAAGCCUCCAGUUAACGAUUGAAAAAGGAGCCCUACCAGGAAGAGGACUUGGAAGACAUCUGCAAGGAAGGGUUGAAACGCCAAUGCCGAAAGAUAAAAGAGACCGCUUCGGUUUAGGAUUUAAGCCGGACGCGAAACAAAUGAGAAUAGAGCUGGGAAAGAAGCAAGAAAGAAGAAGAGCUCGAUUAACGGGGGAAGAAAUCAAGUGGGAACCAAUGACAUUCCCCCAUAUAUCGAAAACAUUUGUGUCCGGGGGAAUCAUUCAUCCCGAGAGAGACACACUAAUGACGGGAGCUAUAGAAGAAAGGCUGGAAAGCUUGGACAUCAAUGUCAUAUGUGAAGAAGAGACCGGAAGAGAGAAUUUUUCGGGCAUUUACCUCUGCAAACCUGGAAGUGUUCUGGACAACUGGACUGCGGAAGAGAUUCCUGUAGCUUUUAGAACGGAUUCAGAGUAA